AUGGUGCCACUGCCCGCGCAGGGCCACCUCAACCAACUCCUCCACCUCUCCCACCUCAUCUCCUUCUACAGCAUCCCUGUCCACUUCGCUGGCACCACCACCCACAACCGCCAGGCUAAGGUUCGAGUCCACGGCUGGGACCCUUCAGCCGCCACCAAUAUGCAUUUCCAUGACUUCCCAACGCCUCCAUUUCACAACCCUCCACCUGAUCCCAACGCCACAACCAAAUUUCCCUCACAAAUCCUUCCAUCAUUCCAUGCAUCCAUGGAACUCCGCCACCCCAUUUUCUCCGUGGUAGAAACUCUCUCAAAAAAAGCCAGAAUAGUAAUUAUAAUUUAUGAUUACUUAAUGGCUUAUGUUGUUCAAGACAUGCAUUCCAUACCAAAUGUUGAGUCCUAUUGUUUUCAGAGUAUAUCAGCUUUUUCUUUAUACUCAUUUUACUGGGAAGGUGUGGGAAAACCUGAAGUGAAAAAUGAAGCAGAAAUUCUUAAAGAAGUUCCUUCCAUGGAAGGGUGCUUUGUCCCAGAACUAUCAGAAUUUUCAAAGUUGCAGCAGGAGGCAAAGAAAUUCCAUUCUGGGGACUUGUACAAUACAAAAAGGAUAAUAGAAGGUUUCUACCUUGAUUUACUUGAAAAAGAAAAGGUUUCAGGAACAGACAAAAUCUGGGCCAUUGGCCCAUUCAAUCCUGUGGUGAUUCCAGAAAGGAAAAAUUCCAACAGCCGCAGUCAUGAAUGCUUACAGUGGCUUGACAAACAAGCUUCAAAUACUGUGAUAUUUGUUUCAUUUGGCUCAACAUCUUCACUAUCUCAUGAACAAAUCAAAGAGUUGGCAUUAGGUUUGGAAAACAGUGGAAAAAAUUGA